AUGGAGCUGCUGGCCCCUCUCCAUGACCAUACUGGGAUGGAGCUGCUGGUUCCACUGUGUGACCAUGCAGGGAUGAAGCUGCUGGCUCCAUGCGCUGACCCAGGGUGGGCAGAAGGACCAAGAGCCAGGUCCGUGCUGGCCACGCCGAGGGUGAGCGGGAAGGAGGGGAUGCUCCGGACAGCGCGAGGCCGCAGGGAGGAUGCUGCUGCUGCAUCCAGCUGGUGCUUGCCCACAGCAGCUACCAGCAACAUCUACCCAGCAUCGGCCUUCCGAGAGCUGACAGCCGGCACGCAGCGAGCAACACACCCCAGGAAAGGCAAAUACCACAGCAAAAUGGGAAAAGAGUUGAACUUUAACAAUCUAAACACGCCCUGCAGCGCUCGCCCCGACCUUGGCCAGUCUCGCAACGUCACCCGAAGGGAUCUGGCUGGGAGGGAUAUGGGGCUCCUGCCCCGCAUCCCGGCGCUGCUGGCGUUGCCCCUGCACCCCGAGGUGCUCUCCAAAAAGCGGGUUCUUCACCCGCCGCGCAAGAAGCCAGCCCUCACACCCUCAGGAGAGACGUUGUUUUAUCCAGGCCUGGGUGCUCGCCCGGCUCGGCCAGCACCUCAGCGCCCGGUGCCUCCGCAGGGUGGGUUCCCACCCCGGCAGGUCCAAAGCACGCUCAGGCCUCCUGGCAGAGCCCCGCACAAG